GUUGUUAUAUAUAUGAGUGUUUACGAAAUGACUAAAGUUGACCAAUCAACGGCAAUCGGUGGUAGCGGCAACGCCGAUGACGACGACAAAAAAGCAAGUGACACCAAGCAUCAACAUGUUGUGAAAAAAUCAUCCGAACCAGGUGUUAUAAACGAUGCAAUGCUAAAAAAUCUGAUACGCGCACAUGGGCCACGUGGUGAGGCGGCUCGACUUUGUCGUAAUAUUGCCAUUGAUUACGGCACAAUCACCGAACUUUGUCUCGAAUAUCAGAACAUUUUGAAAAUCGAUCAUAUUUGGAUGUGCUUCAAUUUGCAAAAACUAUCGCUAAAAGCCAACAAACUGACAAUAAUCGAAAAUCUGGACAAUUUAACGGAGUUACGUGAAUUGGAUUUGUCAUUUAAUUUUAUCAAAACUAUCAAGAAUCUGGAAUGUUUGCGCAAAUUGCAGUAUCUCACACUGUUUCAGAAUGACAUCCGAAAAAUCGACAAUCUCGACCGAUUGGAACAUUUGGUGCGACUGAAUUUGGGAAACAAUUUCAUCGAGACAGUCGAAGGAAUUGAGAGUCUCCGCUACAAGGAGCAAUUGUUCUCUUUGAACUUAGAGGGGAAUCCUAUUUGCGAUAAGCUCACCGAUAAUAUUGAUUUUCGAUUGUACAUCGCUGCGUAUUUGCCCAAACUUAAAUAUUAUGGUUAUCAAGUCAUCACUAAUGCAGAACGGGAUAAAGGUCAAGAGAUUUACAAGAAUAAAUUGAGAAUGUUAGAGGAAAACGAGUCGGAACGGUCAACUCAACGACACAAGCAAUCACUUGAAGUCGAACUAUUACGUAUAUCUGGCGCUAGCUUUGUCGAGGAUCUAGAUAAACAUCAACUAUUCGAAUCACUUUUUGCAAAUAGUUUCGACAACAUUGUAUUGGACACCGAAACCAGUCUAAAUGACACAAAUAAAUCCGACAUUCAACUGUAA